GGACGAGAGACCACCCCGACUCUCAGGUCCAGGUGCUGCAGCACCUUCAGCUGUUAAUAACAGAUGGAUACCUCCAAGUAGUGUGAAACGAGAUGCGACACAAAACCCUGACGACAAACAUGAUCAGAUCUUUCGAAAAGUUAGAGGGAUUCUUAACAAACUCACUCCUGAGAAGUUUGAUAAGUUAAACCUUGAACUGCUAAAUGUAGGACUCGACUCUAAUGUGAUCCUCAAAGGUGUUAUUUUGUUGAUAUUUGAAAAAGCACUUGAUGAGCCCAAGUACAGUUCUAUGUACGCACAGUUAUGUCAUCAACUAUGUGAAGACUCACCAAACUUUGAACCUCCAGCCUCUAAAACAACUACUUUCCGUCGCCUGCUUUUAAACAAGUGCCAAGAUGAAUUUGAAAACAGGUCAAAAGCCACAGAACUUGAAGCAUUUGACCGUAAAGAUGGCGCAUUCAGUGCAGAAGAAGCAGAGCAGUAUCACAUUGCCAAAAGGAAGAUGCUUGGUAACAUCAAGUUUAUUGGCGAACUCGGAAAACUUGAAAUGCUGCACGAAGGGAUACUACACAGGUGCAUUAAGCAGCUUCUUGAGAAGAAAAAGAAUGUACCGCUCCAGGAUAUGGUGGAAGACUUGGAGUGCCUCUGUCAGAUAAUGCGAACAGUUGGACGCCGCCUUGACACACCCAAGGCGAAAUCAUGGAUGGAUCAGUAUUUUCAGCGAAUCCAAGUUUUCGCUAAGAACAUGGAAUUACCCUCCAGGAUUCGGUUUAUGCUGCGAGAUGUGACCGAUCUACGACGCAACAAUUGGGUUCCCAGAACAAGUGGGACAGAUAAUGGUCCCAAAACUAUCACACAGAUACGACUAGAAGCUGCUGAUGAGUAUGGUGAAUACAUUCCACCACCUCAGUCUCGUCAAUUUGGAAACAGAUCAAGCAUGAAUGGAGGCAUGAGUCCCCAGUGGAUGGCAUCAAAUCCAGGCCAGAUGGGGGAUUUAUUCGGCAUGUCUUCACCGGGAAUGUUGAUGGGAACAAUUGGAACAGGUACAGGACCUGGAGUGAUCCAUGAUGGCCCUGGCUAUCCCAUGAAUAUGGGUAAGCCCAGGAACAUGCAGCAGGGGCAGGGCUUUAACAAUUUCAACAAGCCAAGACAGGACGGGGGAGGGAGGGGAAACAUGCGACAGAACCAGAAUAAUCAGCAGAUGACAGGGGGACGCCAAUCUCCUCAGUCCCUACAGCAACAGCAGAAACAAGCAAGCCAGGCCCCACGUGACUUGCCUCCACGCUUUGCUAGACUGGCCCAGCAACAACAGCAACAAAUAGCUCAGCAGGCUGCUAGCGCUAAUGGCACGGCAGUCAUGAUACCAAGUACAACCGAGGAAAUCAGUCUCAGACCGGCCAAGAACUUCACAGUUUUCAAGCCAAAUACACCUAAUAAUCUUCCUAAGUCUGCACAAGUUGGACCACAGAAUGUGAUGAUGAAAAUGUCUCUUGGACCUCCAGAACCUCCAAAACCAUUGUUGAACAAACAGGCCCAGAUUACCAUCAAGCAGGUGACCCAGGAGAAACCAAAGCCUAACAAGAAGGCCAUCCCAACUAAAGAUGAAGUAAUGAAAGCAACAAUGACAAUGUUGGACGAAUACCUGGCUAACUGUGAAACUAAUGAAGCUUUAAAUUCAUUCAAAGAUAUGAACUCUCCCAAGAAGUUCCACCCAGACUUGCUAGCCCAGAUGAUGACAAAAACUGUAGAUAAAUCAGAUUCUGAGCGUGAAAGCGUUAUGAAGUUGAUCUCAGCAAUGAAGGCAGAUAACCUUGUUACAUCUGAUCAGUUUAUGGAGGGACUUCAAUCUCUGCUGGAGAAGAUGGCAGAACUGGAACCUGAGGUACCGCUUGUGAAGUCCUACAUCUCCAAGUUUGCUGCCAUGGGUGUGACAGAGGGAGUCAUCACCAUUCAGGAGUUAUCAGUGCCAAUGGAAAAUGGUACCUACUAUCCACUCUUCCUACUCUGCCUCCAACAAAUGCACAAACUCAAGGACAAGAACUGGCUGGUGUCCAACUUUAACGACAGCAAAGUCUCCUUACAGAAUAUGUUACCAGAAAUCGACCAGACAAAGGAGCGAAUGAUGGAGAUUUUAGAGGAUCGAGGAUUGAGCUUUAUGUUUCCUUUACUGCGUGUCCAGGCAGAGCUUUGGAAACAGGUGCAGGCUGAACCAGGGGCCACCGCUACAUUCAAGUGGAUCAAGGAAAAUGUGGACACUGAUUUGCACCACUCCCCUGGCUUCAUCAACAUUCUCACUGCAUGUGUAUUGAAGUACAUCACAAUGGACACCACUCUUGGUAAAGAUGUGGACAGUUCUGCUGUCCCUGAGAAAGCUGCCACAGAGAAAGAGAAGCAGAGACUUGACAAACUUAAGGGAGUGCUACAGCUGUUCCUGCAUGAUAACAUGGACCUGCAGGUGGAGGCUCUGUAUGCAGCCCAGGUAUUCUGUCACUCUCAUCACUUUCCUAAAGGUAUGUUACUGAGGAUGUUCAUGCACUUUUAUGACAUGGAAAUUCUAGAGGAGGAAUCAUUUUUGAAGUGGAAAGAAGAAGUCAAUGAUGAACAUCCUGGGAAAGGAAAGGCUCUGUUCCAGGUCAAUCAAUGGCUGACCUGGCUUGAACAAGCUGAGGAAGAAUCUGAUGAUGAUGAGGAUUGAAUCCCUGUUCAGGGAGGAUAUUAGGGGACUUGCAUAUUUCAAAAUGGAUGUUCUUAUCACAAAAUCAAUUGAACAUUUUGUAUUCCUGACUGUUACGGACAAAAAAUACAACUUUCAAAUGGUAAAAAUUAACACUUAAGAAAAUUUUAGACAUUUACAAUUUUCUGAGACAAUGUGUAGGAUUAUUUCAACAUACUAGGUAUCAAGUGAAAUAUGGUAUGAAAUGCUGAUGUGGUUGACCACGAAGACUGGAACACACAGUCUAAAAGUGAUGACAUAGGCUAUAACACUUGUAAAUGGAGUGGUAUCAAGUGCUGAGUGCAUUUGAAGUCAACAUGCUUCCGUGCUUAUUUGGAGAGAAAAAAUCACUAUGAUCUCACUAUGUGGAAAGAUCAGGUAUCAACAAACUCAACACAGAGUUUUCCGAGCAGUCAGUCCCUCUUUCCACUUCCAUGGAUCUGUGAUAUUUUACAAUACAGUCAAACUAAUAAAGACAGUUGGAGCAUAAUGUUUUGUACAGGUCUGAAGUAGAGCUCAAUAAGGGAAAGGCAACAUUUUUUAAAAAUGUGUGAUAGGAAUGUGUCUUUAAUUUUGUAGUAAUGUACAGCAUCCAAUGUAAUCUGGAAGAUUAAAAAAAGGUACUGGGUAAAUCAUAAUUGACAAUGGCUUAGUGCAUAUCUUAUGAAUCAUGACUUGUACUUACAGAAAGUUGCCUUUCCACAAGUAAUAUAUUUAUUGCUAUAUAGUAUUUAUUCUCUGGUCUUUUAAACAAAUGCUGAUCAGAAACAUCAGGUGCUGUUAUAGAUUAUAGACUCAUUUGCUAGAAAAUAUUAAAGAACUUUCAUAAUAUCAACAUUGCUUUGAUGCUGGCACCUUGUGAAUAAUGUUUGAGAUUUGUAUGCAGACUUAUUUUAGAAGCUGUUGAAGUUGUAACAAUUGUGAUAUCAUAUAAAAAUUAAAACUGCCAUCUAGGGAUUACAACAUCUUAGAAAAAAACAGAAAAAUGAUCAUGUGUUAAUUCUCAGUAUUAAUUGAAAUAAUGUGUGACUUGUGUUGAUUAUCAAUGAUUAGCAUCCCUGUUGUCUGACACUCACUGCAAUGAGUUCCUCUUAAUAUAUAAAUAUCAAUUUAUGGGAAAUGAUGAAAGUGUUUAUUAAUACAAGGUUAUGGUAGAGAACUUUGAUAAUGUGUCAAGUUCACUUUAAAUGGUGCUUUAAACAUUGCUUUCACCAUAUAAUCAGGACUUCAUCUGAAAUGGUUUUUAUCCAUGCAUAGAAUUAAUUAUCAUACAUAUACUAAUUAAAUUUGCUGAAUGAAAAAAAAUCACUUAAAGCUCAAAGACUACAGAUAUAAGUUAAAUUUACCUACAUUAUACAUCACAUCACAAUAAAUUUAUUAUUAAGAAAUUAAGGUGAUAAGUGAUUAUUUUGUUAAGGUCAAUAGCUUAGCAUUUACUAACUGCAAUUUUUAAAUUAUAUUAAGUGAUUUCAAUUGGUUCUGUUAUAAGUCAAGACUGUUAAAAACUUAUAAAAGACUUAUUUUGUAAGACUGUACCGAAUUACCUCCCCUGAGUUAUAAGAGCCCUAUUUUGUGUGACUGUACUGGAUUAUCUCCUUCAGAAACUGGUGCUCAAUGUCUGAGAAUUAAAUCAAUCAUCAAAUUUAAUGCCUUGUAUCAAGAUCAAGCUUUAAGUUUAAGUUUUGGAUUUCACCUUUGGAGACAGAUGUUUAAGAAGAACAAGAAAUUGUAGGGGGGAUUGAUCAUGUUAGCCAUUCUUGUUGAAAAUUACAAGUGAUAUUGUGAAUGUUGUUUCCGGAAGUUUGGAUCACUUAAAAACCGAUUGAUGUCAACUACUGUUUAAAACCUGAUACAAGAUGCUGGGUCAUUUACUGAAGGUUGAAUUUAAGAAUACCUGAUUUGCUUGUCUUUACAAGUAGAGUCUAAACAUAAAGUAUAUCUUUUCAUUAGGAUCUUUAUCGGCAUUAAACCCUGAUUCUUAACAAAUGUUUAACAGUGGAUCAUUUUUAAUGAUUAAAUUAUCUCAUGAAAAAGGUUGAAUAGAUUAGAUAAAAAUUGUCAUUUAGCUUGAGGAGUCUGACUCUUAUAUUAUUAGCAUUAUUGUGAUUUAUAAACAUGUUUAGCUGAAUAAAUUUUUUUUUUUUUUAGUGAAAUUAGGCAUAACGUUAUAGCCCCCAUUGAUAGGUAUUGGUUUGAAAGGGUGGAUGCAUGAUUAGUCAAAAUAUGUAAAAUCAUUUAUCAAAAGUCUCGAGAUAUAUUCAACCAUUAUAUAUAAUUAUGAAUUUUUUUGCAUGGAGUUUUGAACAGCUGAAGUCGGCAUUUAGUUGAAAGUUGUACAUAUGAUUUGUUUUAUACUUUGAUAACAUUCUGUCUAUUUUACAACAUUUAUAAAUAUUCUCUAUCUUGCUCUAUAUAUGUCACUAUGUUGUUAUUUUUGGUUUGUUGCUUCAGCAUCUACUACUUAAUCAAUUAUUUCCGUAAAUGUGGGAAAGUUGUUGGAAGACACCUAUUCCUUACAGAAAAAAAAAACAAAAAACAAAAACUGCCUGAUAUACUGAAUAAAUUGGAUUUGUUUACCUGUUUUUAUUUCAAACCGUUUGAAUAAUAUUUUGAUCAAAUUUAGCUAAUGAAAUGAUUAUAGUUUAAUUUCGUCUAAAAUUAGAUGUACAGUUUUUAUGGCAUUGACAACCAUUUUUUUCAGCAAUAUAAUGCUUCCCUAGAUUAUUAGGAAGUGUUGUCAAUUUUGUUUGAUUUAUAUUAGUAUUCUAUUAUGAUAAUGUUCAUCAUUAUUCUGCUUUAUGAGAAAAGUAUUUACAUGUCCUUUGUCUGGUCACGUCUUUUGAAAGUGUACUUAUUUUAGUCCAAAUAAAACUUCAUGGUGUAAAUAAUAAA